AUGGCCGGCGGUUCGGUGUCGGAGUGCAAGGAGUACUUGUUCAAGGUGCUUGUUAUCGGCGAGUUGGGCGUGGGGAAGACGAGCAUCAUCAAGCGGUAUGUGCACCAACUCUUCUCCCAGCAUUACCGAGCCACCAUCGGCGUCGAUUUCGCCCUCAAGGUCCUCAACUGGGACAGCAAGACGCUCGUUCGACUACAGCUUUGGGAUAUUGCAGGCCAGGAGCGCUUCGGGAACAUGACGCGGGUGUACUACAAGGAGGCGGUGGGGGCCUUCGUGGUUUUCGACGUGACCAGGGGUUCAACGUUCGAGGCCGUCUCCAAGUGGAAACACGACCUGGACAGCAAGGUGAAGCUAGCUAAUGGCGGUCCGAUCCCAUCGGUGCUGCUAGCUAACAAGUGCGACCAGAAGAAGGAAGGCUACAACAACACCACGCUCAUGGACAACUUCUGCAAGGAAACGGGCUUCCUGGGCUGGUUCGAGACAUCCGCCAAGGACAACAUUAACGUCGAUGAAGCGGCCAAAUUCCUGGUGGAAAACAUCCUGGCCAACGACAAGGGUUUGCCGUAUGAGGAGAGCAAUGGAGACCGCAUCAAACUGGAUCAGGAGACUGUGACGGCGGAGAGCAAGCCGGGCUGCUGCUAA